AUGUUCUCCACAGGACACCCAUCGCUGCCAAUUGAGUUUUGUAAGACUCUUUUCACUAUCGAGCUUGCCUCGAGUGUAUACGACCACUUGAAAAAUGCGACGAUUUCUCUUGAAGCAUGUUUGUCGAAGCCCCUUUUUCAGAGUGAAUGGGUGCCUAACCCAAUUUGUGAACGGUUGGAACUCGACAAACAACACACAAACCCAACAAACCUCAAGAUUCCAUCUCGUUUGACGGUGCCAUUGACCCGCCAGCAGGCAUUUUCCUGCGUGGCCAGGUUUGAUUCUGGACACGUUGAAUUAGAUCCAGAUGAUCUAGAUUCAGUUUUAGCUCUGUGCUCAGAGGAUUCAAUGUACGUUGCUGCCAUAGUCUUGAUCGAUCCAUUCGAACAGUCAGAAGCACACGAGCUGCGGCGCAUUGUGGGAAAUAUCGGUCAUCCGGGGAUCAGUUUGCUUGUUGCGCCAGAGGAGCCAAGAAUGCGCCCACCGAGCAAUGAGCACACCGCGAUAUCACACGGUCCAUACGACUUCCAACGCGAGAACAAUUUUGGUGAGACAUCCUUACAUCUUUCUUUCACAGACUGGCGGUUUCCUCUAGAAGCCGGUGGCAAUCGAACGAUCGACCAAGGCGUUGUUGUUGUGGAAGCUGUCAUCUCCGUCCUGGACGGGGGAAGUGGGUUGCAGACCUGGACCUACUUCGUAUUGACUUCCAAGUGUUAUCUCGCAUAA